GUAAGUAACUCUUUCCUUAAUCUUUAACUAUCUCGUCGUUCUGGCGCUGAUCUCAUUAUAAUCUCUAUAUUUUGUUUAUUAUUCCUUGGCUGCUGGAAUUCCUAUGCUUCCUGUUUAAUUCCUUCCCUAUUCCGUUUGAUUUGAAGUUAGAAAUCUGCUUCUUGCGUUUGUAGACUCGUGUGAUUUCAGGAAACAAGAUUACUUACUGAAAUCGUGGAAUACUUUGUUGGUUCUCUGGAUGGCCGUUUAAGCUUAUGGAUAACAUUGCUAAGGUGAUAUGAAGAAGAGUUUUGUGUCUUCUAGUCAUACAACAUAGAAAAUUUGGUAAAUAUCUUCUGAAAAAACAUCAGUAUACAACCUUGUGCAGACUUGGGCAUCACUUCUGUGUUUGGUUUUAUAAUGCAGAAGUCAAGUGUUUUUCAUCAGACAUGGUUCCGAAACUUUGUGAGGGAAAACAAUGUACUGAUUGAUUUUGAGAAUCACACAUCAUUUAAAAAUUUAUUUCCAGUUAGAACUAUAGUAAAUUCGAGCCAACUAAAGGCAACUAUUCAAUGUCGAACUAAAAGUACUAUAAAAAUCAAAAGUACGAUAGAUCAAAAUGUUCAAGAAUUAUUUGAUGAGGAUGAUGGGCUUUGUCCCAUUGACUGUGUAAGAGAGUUUAAGACGGAUGAGGAAUUUUUUGGGAUUUUGGAGAAAGCAAAAGAAAUGAAUGCAUUAGUUGUGGUGGAUUUUUAUAAAACUUCAUGUGGGAGCUGUCGGUAUAUAGAGCAGGGUUUUGUCAAACUAUGCAAGGGUGCUGGUGACCAAGAAGCUCCAGUUAUUUUUCUAAAACACAAUGUUCUUGAUGAAUAUGAUGAACGGUCUGAGGUUGCUGAAAGGCUUCGAAUUAGGACUGUUCCGCUUUUCCAUUUUUACAAAAAUGGAUUCUUGUUGGAAGCAUUCCCGACCAGAGAUAAAAAGCGAAUACUCGAAGCCAUCCUCAAGUACACAGCUCCUGCUUCUCAAGAAGUCGAUUCUGUUUCGUGAAGUUUAGAAUAUUUAUUGCCUUCGCAUUAUUAUAUAUCUCUGCAUAGAUGAUUAUAUGAUCCCCUUGGGAUUUGUAGCAUAGACAAUUGGUGUAUUCAAAUGACAUAAAUUUGUACAUCUCAUGUUUGUGAGUUGUUGAACUCGAGCUGGACCUUAGUGUACGAAAUGAGAUGUAUUUAAAAUUUUCAUAGAAACUUGGAUGCGCAUUGACCAUGCUAUAAUCGGUCCUUAGGAUUUUGUCUCUAAUUUGAAGAUUAUUUAAAUGCAGGAGGUCUAAGACAUUUUUUGGUGACAGUAAAGAAUGGUAUGCUUA